AUGCAGCCCAUCCUAGAGAUUCGCAGCGUCGAAGCCGGCCAGAUUGACGCCGACAACGAUUCCUCGUUUCCCAUUCCCGUUUACACGAGCUCGAUUGCUCUUCAAUGCAACAUUGUCUACCACAUAUCGUCACGCCUCCUGCUGCAACGCAAGCCCCGACUUUUGCGCCUCUCUAGUCGACAGCGGCAUCUGUCGUCAUUGAGCUGGCACGCUCAGCAGAUUGCCGGCACCGCGACCCGCAACGACUUUGCCGAGCAGUGGGAUCCCAUUCUCGUCGCCGGGCUGCUGUGGGUUGCCAGGGACAUGACGCACCCGUCGCAGCAGGAGUCGCUCAUCUCGUGCUUUCGCCAGAUAUCGUCCGCCACGGGCUUCAAGCUGGAUGAAGAGAUCCAGGCCCUGAGGGCGAGAUGGAACACUUCACAGCACGCCAGGGACUGCCACUUCUCUGGCUGA